UUUCAUGACAGAAUGGACUUCCCACAUUAUAAUAUUUCAAUAGCUGAGGUGGAACCUUACAUCAUGAAAGAUGGGCCCUUGUAUAAAGGGUAUAUGGUCGACCUUAUCGCCAUGCUCGCAAACCUGUCCAACUUCACCUUCACCCUGCAUGACGCCUUCAACGAGGAUGGCCGCCAACCAACGGGCUACAGCGAGCGGUUGGGAAACGUUAUUGGCCAUGUUGUAUCGCAGUCGUUCGAUAUCGGCUUGUCGGACCUGAUGAUCACCGAGGAGGCCAGCAGAGCCGUCUACUUCACGAGGCCCUUUAGCAUAUCAGGUGCACGCAUACUUAUGCUGAAGCCCCGGCCGCGGAAACUCAUCUCCCUGAUGCUGCUCGUUCCUCUCGACCCCGAGCUAUGGACGUUGCUGGUGUGUUCAGGCAUGCUCGUCGGAGUCCUGAUUUGUGUAUUCAAUCGAUUUAGCCGAACGGCGCUGAAGAAUGGCGUUUUAGAGGAUCUGACGAUACCCGUGACUUGUUUCAUUUCAAGAAUGAAAGAUGACAAACCGUUGACAACGCCUAGUCGACUUUUGCUUGCCUUCUGGAGGGCUUUCGUCUUAAUUAACGCAUGUUCCUACCUCGCCAAUCUUGCCAGCUACAUUUUCUCAGAGAACAGCAGAAGCCAAGCCGAGCUUCCUUUCAAAACGUUCUCUGACUUGACCUCACAGUCCCGCGUGAGUUACGGGGGUUGGCUGGGAAUGCAGUUGAACACGCACGACACACUACAACAAAAAAUGCUGAAAUAUUUGAACUCCCAGUAUUCCUUCUAUACGGAUUUGUCCGUGGCCGUGGAAGAGAUUGCUUCUAAGAAUGGGAUGUAUGUUGCAAUUGUGGACGGCCAAGCCGGAGAGUAUUUGGUAAACAGCGAUUGCCGUUUUCUGCUAUUGAAAGACGAACUGUACACGAUCGCAUACAGCAUCGUCUGCGGCAAGACCGAGCGCGGAAGGAAGGCAUGUGAUGCGAUGUCUGACGCCAUCAUACAUCUCCAGACAGAGGGAAUCCUUGUGGAGCUGAAGAGGAAGUGGUGGUCCCAGCAGACGUCAUGUCAUCACGUGUCCGAGGAAGAUUUUGAGAUGAGUCAUGGGGCGCACAUGGUGAAAUUCGAACCAAUGCAAAUCGCGGAUGUAGCCGUUGCGUGCAUUCUUCUAUUCGUAGGAGUUUGCAUCGCGGCUUGCAUAUGGGUGACACAGUUGCUUCGACGCAAGCGGCAAAUGGAACACACGGAUCAUUCAAAUGAAAUGGACAGUGUCUGAAUAAUUCUGCAUAAGGUGAUACAAAUUGUAUUCGCUGCGGCGAUGUGGUUAGAAAAACAGAAUGCUCGCACGAAGACACGUAUUGCUUUCAAUGACCAAAACUGC